AUGGUCGAGGACAUGAGACCCCGCCAGGACAAUGCUGAUGACUUGAGCCGCAAGCUUGAGGAGUUUGAUAAGAGGAUGACAUUCGAUAUUAGCGAAAGACUGACCGCUGAAUUACUUGUUGUUGGUUCUACUAAAUCAACGAGGCCUUCGUCCAAAACAAAUCCCGACCCCGAUGCGGGAUUUUUGGCUGAUUCGGACGGUGAAGGCAUUCAAAAUAGUACUCAUACUGAACAUUCUGAAUCCCAAAAUAACGAGAGGGCUUUGGAGGCCCUGAUGUCGACCCCACGAAAAUCGUGCAAAAAGUCAGCAAUACCACCAGGAGGAGGAGGUGCCAGGACGCCAUUGCGGCAAGGCAAACGAAGUUUGUUGAAAGGAUUCAAGCUUGAAAUGAAGUCGGCCAGGAAAGUCGAUGAUGAGAUUGUAAAAACAAAAGCAGAAGACAUCCUCUUAUCACUUUCGACUCCGAAAGCUGGCCCAAAAGCAAAGAAAUCAUGUUCAAAGCACAUGUCAGAUGAGUUGUGGAAGACGGUAAUGUGCGACGCAAAGUCCAUCCACUCGCCUCUUGGUAAGCGAGCAAAAGAAGAUCAUCCGAAGCGUUCGCCUAUUGUCAAUCCAAACUUGGCACAAUUAGAACCAACUGCCUUGGAUCGGAGAAUUCAGCGCCAUGGCCUCAACAAGACAAAUGGCCUCAACAAGACAACUUCCCAUCUUCCAAGCUUGCAUGUUAAAGGGAGGCCGACGAUUCAAAAGGCAAAUUCUAACCAUUCACUUGGGGAUAAAAAGGAAAAAGUAAGCCUGGGUCGCAGUGGCAGUUGCCAUGAAUUGCGUGCUAAAACCGGCGACUUUGGUAGUCAACAUCAUGGCCGAAGGAGAAUUCCAAGGAUGCAUUCCAGCACCUCGCUGGGCAGCAGGCGUCGACUUCGAAAAACAGAUUCCAACCGUUCCAUGGGUAGAAGUAGCAAAGAAAACCAAGACCUGGUCAAGAGAUCAAUUGAUGCUGCAUUAGUUGUGACAUCUGAAGAUAUUCUAUCCUUGGCUGUGACCGACCCAACUUUGCCCCAAACUGCCCUUCAACCACUACCACUGGAUAAAAGGCCAGACUCGCCAAGACGAGUUAGCAAUGAGCCUAGGAAGAAAGUAUCCCGCCGGGUACUGAAGAAUGAUUCAGGUGCAAAGCGUGUUGUGGUUGAUAAGCAGUCGAGACCCACACGUGACAGCUCGGUAGGCCCUGUUCGUGUUGGUCGUCGAUCCUCUCGACAACAAGCUCGUCAGGUUGCAAACUCAUUACAGCGUUCGAAUUCCACAUCCAAGCUCGAGACGACUGGGCGGUCGAAGCAAGGUGAUAUCAUUAGUCCGCCAUCCAGAAGAGGAUCAAAGACUGCUGGAAAGCGACGGUCCUAUCAACGACAAAAAUCCAGCUCCAGCGCGAUUGGCAAGGUAGGUGACCAGAGCAAGGAGUAG